UCUGCGUCAGCAUCCUUGGCUCCGAUUCAGAUCUCAAGACCAACCUCAGAAUUCCCCGAAUGGCCUGCUAGACAAUCCGAUAUAGACAAAGCCAGACAAUUCCUGCAGAGGGCAGCACGAGCGGCUGGUGAUGAGGGUAGUGAAAAGAUUCUGCUAAUACCGGACAAAGAUGCGGAUGGAUUAUCAGCAGGAUGUAUAGUCAAGCGAACUUUGAUCCGUCUAGGUGCAAAUCCAGAGAACAUUGUAUUGCAUCAUAUACCCGCUGGGAAGGCACCGUCUGCUGAUGAGGAGUUGCAGUCGUAUAAUGCAAGGUGGAUCAUUGUUCUGGAUCAAGGUAGCGUACGCGGGCCAGCUUUAGUACCGGGAGGCGAGCUUGGAUGGGAAUCUGAUGACGAGAAAGCGGUACGAACGAUGGUUUUGGAUCAUCACCACGUCAAGGAUUUGGAUCAUGACUGUCCGACAGGCGCAUUGCUGCUCAAUGCAAGUCAUCACAGUCCAGUCUGCACCUCUGCACUAUUGGCCUGGUGUGUCUGUAGACCAUUUUGGCCGGAUGAUAUGGGAGGCGCAGGAGAGAUUGAUUAUUUGGCUUUGAUUGGUACAUGCGGUGAUUUGAGUAUUAACGUUUCUUGGGAUGCACCUUGGCCUGAUUUUGAGCCAGAGCUAAAACGAUGGGGAAAAUCAAAGAUUGGAAAAGUGGUUGCAAUGAUCAAUGCACCGCGUAGGACACCCUUACAUGAUGCUUUUGUUUCAUGGAAAGCACUCGAUGUGAGUGAAUCACCUUUGGAUGUUUUGGAUGCGGAAAAGAAUCCAAGUUUCGAACGUUUAAAUGAAGCGAGAAGGUUGGUUGCGUCUGAAACGGAAAAGCAAACGCAUACACCGCCUAAAUUCAGCAAAGAUUCAAGAGUUGCCUUGUUGACAAUCUCUACGCCAUAUCAAGUACAUCCUUCCAUUGCAACACGGUGGAGCGGAACAUUAAAAGGUGCAAAACGGUUGGAGAUCGUCAUGUGUGCCAACACGGGAUUUGACGGGCAAAAAGAACGGUACGUGCACUUUUCCUGUCGGAUUGCCAAUGCUGCCAAAGCGAGAGGAGAGAAUCCGAACAUUAUUGAGCUACUAAACGAUUAUGCGGCUCGUGAUCCUUCUUUUCUCGAUGAUUUACGUGAGAGCGGUCAAGGCUCAUUCGCACGAGGACAUCGUGAAGCAUCAGGAGGGAUCCUUUCGCCUCCUUUUUGGCGUAGAUUUGUUGAUAUUAUGCAAAUAGGAGUGAAACCUACACCACCUCCUGAUAGUAUUGGAAAGAGUCCAAAGAAGCAACAAUUACCACCACAAAAUAACAAACUG